UUCCUCUCAGACCAGAGUACAGUGCAGCAGCUCCAGAGAUCCACACUCCCAAGGACAGGCAAACCUCUCACAGGACACCUCAGCUCUGCUGGCUGUGCGAUGCUGCUGCUUCCCUUUCUGUUCCUCCUGGGGGGCCCCUCUGGGACGUCCUGCGCGUGUCUGGACCAGGCGUCUGCGUACAGGUUUACAGGGAUCGUCUGCAGAGUCACCUACCCUGCGGCUCUGGUCUUGAAUGAAAAAACAGCACAGGUAAUCCAGGCUGCCUUCCAGCAUGCACGCUACCCCGACAUUAAGGGCGAGAAGUCCCUGCUCUUCACCGGGAGGCUGCAGUAUGGCCUCCACAACCUGGAGAUCCACAACCUGUCUAUUGGGCACAGCGAGGUGGAGCUACAGGAGAAUGAGGGUGUCGGCAUCUCCAUCUCCAACGUGUCCGCCACCUUCAAGGGAACCAUCAAAUACGGCUACGGAAACUGGCUCUUCAGCUUGGGGCAGGCUGUGGACUUUGAAGUGGAAUCCCACAUUUCCCUGGUCAUCAAUCCAAAGCUGUACUGUGGUGAAGGGAAAGUGGCUGCAGACACAUCUGACUGCUACCUCGACUUCCACAAACUCACCCUUAUCCUCCAAGGAGACAGAGAACCAGGAUGGCUGAAGAGGAUGUUCACGGAGAUAGUUUCAUUCACUCUGAAAAUGGUGGUGAAAAGCCAGAUCUGUCAUGAAAUAAACAACCUGGCAAACAUAUUGGCAGACUUCAUACAAGAACGAGCAGAGCUCUUCCUGAGCGACGGAGACAUUGGCAUGGACAUCUCUAUCACCUCCCCUCCCCUCAUAACGUCCAAUUACAUCGAGUCCUACCACAAGGGGCUUGUCCGCUACAACAAUGAGAGUGCGGUGAUAAACGCCUCUGUGUUCAGCCCCGCCCACCUGACUGACGAGCGCAUGCUGUACUUCUGGAUCUCGGACGACAUGCUGAACCCCCUGGUGACGGCCGCUCACAACGAUGGACGCUUCUGUCGAAACGUCAGCGGGCAGGAGCUCACGGACCUUUUCAAGCUGGACCUGUCUGCACCUAUGCCACCGAUCGUGAACCAGUUGCUGUCCUCACACAGCUCGAUGCUGAGGGUGUGGAGCGCUUCGGUCCCUCGUCUGUGGACGACCCCCCAGGGCACGUCUGUCAGAGCCGUGGCUGCUGUGGAACUGAGCAGCGGACCCAGCGACCCGGGGACACCAGCCCUCUACUUCGAAACGGAGGUGGAAGUGGUGGUGAGAGCCUCCUACGCUGAGAAGAGGCUGAUCCUCAAAGCCGAGCCAUCGCAUGUCUCCAUCCUGAAGGUGUUGCUUUCCCCAGGGUCAUUGCAGCUGGGAGAGCACCACAUGGAGUAUCUGGAGGCAGCAGUCAAAAAGAUUGGAAUCCCAAAAGUAAUAUCCUACCUGGAGCCAGGACUGACCACCCUCAUGGACAAACAGGGUCUGAACCUGUUCGAGCUCAUUAACCCCGAGGUUGUGUCCCGACAGGGGUAUGUGAUCGUGAAGCUGGACUUUGGCUUUCCUCAUCACUUGUUAGUGGAGUUUCUGAGGAAGACUCUGGAGUAACACUGUGUGUGUCCACCCCCUCCUCACAACAUGCACGCAUGUGCGUGCACACACACACUUUCGAAGAGUUGAUAUGUGUACAGAAUUCUCCUCUUGUUGUAUACCUCUGUGUGUGUGUGUGUGUAAGUAGCAGGGGCUAGAUGACAUCUUCUAACCCCCCCCCUUUUCACUGUAAAAAUUCCCUUUUACUACUAAAUAAUGCCACUAGAUGGCAGUAUAUUCAGGUUUUCCGUCACGUGUCCUUGUUUGACCUCAGGUCUCCUGCGACACUGCUGCCGGUGACCCCAACAGGAAGUUCUUACCUCGUUUGGUCACUGUAUGAUGAGGAGGAGUUUGUUUGAUCCAUUGUGGACAGAGGAAUGUCGUUACCUCUGAGACCAGGUGCAUUCGGAGGGACACAGCGCCCCUGUGACUUGAGCGUUUGAACAGUGUUGGAGUUUACACUCACAUCACUUCUGCAGUUCUGACAGUUCAGGAGUGCAGUGCGCUAACCUGGUGGCGUUAUACCUGUGCUCAGAUUGUUGCAGUUGGCUUAUCGAUGCUAAAGAACGCACUGUCCCGGCUCCCCGCAGCUGACCAAUGGGAAGCCUGGCCCCAGGGCGGAUCGCCAUCAUUGCAUUCUUACAAACCUUCUCGCACUGCUGUUGCCCGGGCAACAUGGUUUGCUGUCAGUGUUGUUCUAACGCAACCCACUUUGUGAAUAGAAGACACUCCCACUCACUCAAUAAAUCCCUUUUCUAUUAAAACAAG